AUGGAUACCAGCGUCACACCGACCCCCAAAAUCCCUUACGAUCUUGUCCGAAUCGCAGUCCGGGAAAAUCUCCCUUCCGUUACCGAACCUGCUCAAUCCCUAGAAGAGACUAUGGACUCGAUUCGGUUGAAGAUCAACAUACUCCAAGAUAUAGUGGAUGCUCCAGUCGACGAUGAAAAGAACCCAGAUAUGACAGAUGCAGUUCAUGGUUUAUUGAAGGAGCUGGCCGUAGUGGAGGAGCGUUUCAAGGUUUGGUAUGAAAAGCUCAAUCUCGCUUGUGUGAUGAUUGGAUUGGUGUAUCCACUGCAAAACCCCACGCCAGAAACGCAGCGAACAAUGGGAAUACGAGAAGGCUUGCCAAGUUAA